AUGCCAAGAAGGGCAUUUCAUUCAUCAGAAUGCAGGCAGCGGAAGGAACAAGACCAAGAUGAAGACGACGACGACGACGACAAUCCGUGGGGCGACCUCGACAAGGCAUUUGAAAACCUCGAGGACAAAUCCCUAUACAAGCAGGUCUAUCUCAACCACCCUCCGACUCCUGCAUCUGGCCCCGACACUCCGAUCGCGUUGCUACCCAAGGAUCCUAUCGCCGAGAUGGAAGAAGCCAUCUUCGCUCAAGCGGGCGCGGCUGCUGUCAAGACCACGCCCAAGACCUCUCGCAUCCCAUCAAUAGCCGCCCUGUCUGGUGUGAAGUUCUCGGACGCUCCGCCUUCUGCAGCACCUGUAGGCGAAUUGCCCGCAGGUUUUCCGGGAUACGACCCGGCGGUAUUGGGAGCAGGAUCAAGUGCAAAGUGGACGGAGUACAUGCACGAGGGUAGCGCGGAUGACGACUCGCCUUGGUCUUCGCUCGAUGCCUUCGUGGACAAUCCGGAAUCGUCGGCUCAAUAUGCCGUGCCGUUGCCGUUGCAGAAGCAGCAGAAUGUUAUGCAGAUGAGCGCGAAACAACAUGCUCCUCCGGUGCUACAGCAGCAGCAGCAGCGACAGCCACGAAUGGAUGCAGGGGAAGCCUUCGCAGCGAACGACGAUUUGCUGCGACAACAAAUUCAGCUGCAGAUGCAGACAGGCCAAGAGGCGGAAACCGAAGAGGACAUGUUUGCACGCGCAGGAGCAGCGGCGGUUGAACAGCUCUUCAACCAACCCCACACCCCUCCUGCAUUACCAACUGCUUCAGUGGACGAAGAAGAAUCGGACCGCCUCUCGCACAUCGACCCGGCCACAGGCGGGGCCUCGAUGGUGGACGUUUCGCACAAACCAACCACCUCUCGCUCCGCCACCGCCGUCGGACGCGUCUACCUGCCCACGUCGGCCUCGCACCUCCUACUCGCCACCGAAUCGCAGCAGGGAAUCUCGAACAAGGGCCCCGUGCUGCACACGGCCCAGCUCGCGGGCAUCAUGGCGGCUAAACGGACCUCGGACCUCAUCCCGCUCUGCCACCCUCUGCCGCUGACGCACGUCGAUGUCAAGCUGGAUAUUGUGCACGGACAGCACGAGGAGAGCUGGAUCCAGGUCGAGUGUACGGCGACGACGGCGGGUCAGACGGGCGUCGAGAUGGAGGCGCUGACCGGGUGUACGACGGCGUGUCUGACUGUGUGGGACAUGGUCAAGGCAGUGGCGGGCAAGACGAUGCGGAUUGGCGAUGUCAUGGUUGUGCGCAAGAGCGGUGGUAAGAGCGGUGACUGGGUGAGACGCGGAUGA